AUGAACCAAUAUUCAAUAUCAGAUUGCUCAAAGCAGUCUUUAAUAGAAUCACAAUCAACACCGCCCUCUGCUGCAUCAUCAUCAACAGAUUCUGACUCCAAUAGAUACUCCGACGACUAUCGGUUACAAAACGUUUUGACGCCAACUAAAUCUCUAAGACAUGUUAUAUCUGCUACUGAUAGUGCAAAAAAUACUGCUAACGGCAGUUACUGGAAAGAGAAAGCUCUAGGCCGGUGGAGGCGACCAUCUUUGUUGUCUCCUAAAAUAAAGAAGUUGAGACGAGUCAGGUCAUCAUCUGCUGCUUCAUCAAAGGAUUCUAAGAGGAGGGGAAAGGGUAGUCUUGAAAGUUGUUACUAUACUAGAAAAAACAAUUCUACAGGGACAUUGAAUGAUUUUGGACUGAGGAACAUACGUAGCGAGGAACAGAUGUUAUACUGUGGUGAGAAUGAAGAUGAUUACUCGCAGUAUGAGCCUGAUAUCAUUGAAAAAAUCAAGUUAAGAAAAAACAUGGCAUAUCAAAACAAAUUGAAAAAGCUUGCAUCUAACUCACCAGUUCACUUAUUGUAUCAAUCAUGGAAGGAAACUAGAGGUUAUUCUAACUCUGUUUCCGUUUUUUGGAAUCAUAUGAAGUUUUAUUUCAAAACACAAUUUGAGAAAGAUGAUUAUGUACCAUUUAAUCCUGAAACUUACUCGAUUUCUGAGGAAUAUGAAGAUAUAGCAAAAUUUGAAUGUGUUGGUAGAGCUAUGUCUUUAGAUAUGAAGGAAAUGACACCAGAUUGGAGGAAGUUUCUACCAUCACCUCCAUCCAGCUCUGGAAGCAAAGAAACAAGGCCUGAAGGAGCCGCUAAAGUCGCAUUUGGCCCGAGGCAACAAUUUGAAGUCCAAGAGUUCGAUGCAGAAGCUCCUCCCACAGCAUGUUCAAGAGUGGGUAACGAAAAGACAAACAGUUUAACCAAGGGUUCCCUUAAGCCAUCAUCUAGACAUACACUAGAAGAUGAAAAAUAUUGUUAUAGACAGACAACUGAAGCGGUAGCUUAUCCACAUGACUGUAUCCGAGGAUUAAUUUACAAACUCUACAAUAUUGUUGGUUAUGAUACAGAACUAGCAGAUGUAAACGAUCUUGCAUUUAACUUAGAGGUUCUAGCAGCAUGCAUUGCUAGCAAUAAUAAAAAAGUUAUGAAAAGAUUAAUGGAUAAAAAUAAAGAAUCGGCUUUCUUGAGGAACAGCAUCAGGGAUCUGUGUUACCAAAUAAAUGAGAUGCAAGUAACAAUCGAAGAGCUAGAUUAUAAAGUUUCUCAAUUAACUGAAAAACUAACGAAAGAGAGGGAAUCCCAUAAGAACAAGGUUGAAAGUCUACGUGAUGAAUUGGUAUAUUUCAAGAACUUUUCAAACAAAAGGUUUUCUGUCUUGAUUAAUGAACAAUCUACACUAAUCAGCAAUAUGAACAAAUUCUUCAAGGAAUCCAAUUAUUCCAUAUGGAACAGUGACACUCAAUCGGUUUUGAGAUCUUUUGCAACCACUAUAGAUUCCAGAGUAGGAGAAUUUGGUAUAUUUCAUGAAAUGAACAAAGAACUUCUAAACGAAAAUGAAAGACUAAGAAAGGAAUUAAACAUUUACAAGGAUUCUCCAUAUCUAGAAAAAGAAUGCCAAAGACUAGUAGCUGUCAUGGAAGAAAAGAAUGAAACAAUUUCCCAAUUGACGCAGCUUAAGGAAAAUUACAGGGAGCUGCUCGUCAAGAAAGCUGCAAUGCAAAAGGAGCUCGGAGUUUUAAGAAAACACACUGAAGAUUUAGAACGGCAAAUAAAUACUAUGGAGGAAAGUCAUAAGAAGCAAUUAAAAGAAUUAUCAAAGUUAUCGGUUAAACAGCGGCGUAAAAGUUUAGGCUUCUUCGAUGAAAAGUUAUACCAAGAAGAAAUUCAUAGCCUAGAAAUUCAGUUGGAAGAAGCUCGGGAUAAGUUGCUUCUAUCAGUCGAAGAAAUCACCGAAUUACAUGAUAAGAUUGCACUGGUUGAAAUGGAGAAAAACGAGAUCAAUAAUGAAAAAAAGGAUAUUGUAGAAAGUUUGAUGACUGCUAAAGCUGAAUUUCAACAAAGGGAAUUGGAACAUAUGUCUUUGGCGGAGCAAUUAGAAAAUGAAUCGGAAAUCAAGAAUCGUGUGUUAAACAAGUGUUUACACAUCAUAAAUAGGUACCAGUUCGAAUUGCAAUCAUCUAACUGUGGUAAGAAACGUGAUAGGUUCCGUACCGUAUUCCAUUAUUUAACUAGUCGUCAAAAAGAUUUAAAGGAAGUAUCCGAAUGGAUCGAAACAGAGGUAAUUAAACAAAUAAACUCUGCAAGCGCCAUUAAAAACGAUGAGUUGGGUUCUCAGCGAUCUGAAUCAACACAGGAAAAUUCAGCAUACAACACAGGAAGUUCUUCGAUAUAUUCCACAAUGCCAGAAAAUACUUCUGCCGUUUCUAUACAACCAUUUUCUCCAACUCCACUACUUCUAACUAAUUUCAAUAUUCAUAGGAAUAAUAAGGAAAAGGAACACACCCUCGACCCACCAUCUACUUCAAAUAGCAUCGCUGUAUCAUCAUCCGGCGACCGGAACGCGUUCGACCAGACUUCAAUUGUUACUCUCAAUGAAACCUUGAAUCUAGAAUCGGCAGAAAAUCAUGAGAUGGCAAAUGUAAACGAUGAUUCUUCCGACGGAACCAUGAGGACUCUUAUGGACUUCAGGUAUGGAAUUGAUGGCUUGGGAGCACAAAAAGUGAGUCAAUUAAUGAAAGGAAGACCCAAAACAGGUCCACCAGAUGAUAAUGAAUCAGCACAUUCCGCCUCAUUAAAGAUAUCGGAAAAUUCGGGAACUAUGUGGGCCAAUACAGAUAAAUCAUCUCAAGAAGAAAAGGCCUCACCAAUGCGUUUUAUUGAAUUAAUAUCUUCAGAUGACGAAUCGUUUUAA